AAGUGUGUAAAUUGGUGUAUUGAAGUGUUUUCAUAUUCACAAACAAAUCUGGCAGUCUAUAGUGGGUGUAUUUAUGGGAGGGGAGGGGGUUUGGGAAAAGUUUCAGAAGGGUUAGCCUUUGAGCUGAGCUUUCAAAAGAGUUUCUUCCAAAUCACCAAAGAAGUCUCGAGGUAAUGUUAAAGGGAAGAGGGAUAGAGGUGGGAGUAACCUGAACAGCUAUCAUCCCUUUUAUGACAUUACCUCUGUGACCUCCCCAACUGCUGCCUUACAGAAUUAGGUGUGCCCUCCUCUGGGGAACAUGGCUAUGUUCUAGCUUUGCAGUAAAUGUUAAAGAUGCUCAUGGUGAAGCUGGAUUUUCACUAGAGUAUGGCAGCUGCUCACACAACCCUCACAGGACAGCAUUGCCAAGGUGAGCCAGCCAUUUCUCACAGAUCUAUCUCCCAGGGUCCAGAGCCCCUAAAACCAGGUUUGAGGCUGAGGAGAAAGAACAGACUGGAUGGUUGCCAACAGCCUGCCACCUUCUGGGAGCAUUCCUUUUGGGAAGCCCAGUCUCCAAGGGAGGUUGGGAAGAGUGAUCUCAGGUUGAGGUUGGCUGGACAGUGAGGUUGAGGAUCCACCUUCAUUGUAUUGGCAGAUCUACCCCGUAGUUAACAAAGCUGGGUUCUUAGACCCGAGUACUCUUACUUGGACUCUGCUUGAAUGAGCACUGCUGGAGUUUGUACCUCAAAUUGCUCCUUUGGUACUUUUGUGCCUAAUAGGUAACCCAUCUGAGUGAUAAUGUGUACUUAUGUUAAAUAAGAGUGGGGUUUUGGAGUCAGACCUGAGUUCCAUUGCUGGCUGUCCUGUGUGAUUUUAGGCGAAUUAACAUUUUGGAGCCUUAUUUAUGUCACCUGUGACCUUGGAAGAUCAUACUUUGCCACAACCUCCAAAAAGGUUAAGUCUGCAGUCUGGAGGGCUGUGGCUGUUACAUUUUUUCUGUGGUUGACUCAAACAAUAAUCUGUUUUCCUAUUUCUGAGUUGGUGGUGUGGGGUGGGGGCAAGGGGGAGAUUGUGCUGCACUCUGUACUUUCCCAUUGUUUCCCCCAUAUACUGCCCUGGCUUUCAGAUCAAUCCCCAAGGACCUUACCCUAGGCCCAUUCGCCUUGCUCUGUAGAUCUGAUCCAGUUUCACUAGGCUCCAGCCACACUGGUUGCCUUUUAGUUCCCAGGGAAGGUUCUUACCCUCCUCAGGGCUGUUGCUGAGACUUUCCUCUCCCUGGAAUACUAUUCCUUUUCUCUUCCCUAGCCAACUCCUGACCUCCUUUGCGUUGUGUAGUCUUCAGCUUAAAUGUCACCUCUUCAGAGAGGACAUCUUUGCCUUCUCUAAACUUUAUCCCCUUCCUGGUUUCAGUUUACUGCUUGUUGAUUGCCCUUAUCAUACCUACAGCUGUUUUAUUUCUUUGUUGCUUGCUAUUUUGUUUUCCCUCCACUGGGCUGUAACCCCCAUGAGGUCAGGGGUCACCUCUAGUUUCUUCUUCCAGUCUCCAGCACCUAGCUUGCUGCCUGCCUAUCACGGUUGCUGUCUAUAAAUACUGUGGAAUGACCCAAACCACAGGAACCAUGACCCUGAAGUUAACUGGCAGUGCGGUGCUCUGUGCUUCCACCUUCGGUGAGGUCCGGAUUUUAGCCCGCUGGAGGGAGUCCGCAACCCUCUACCUGAGCCCUGAUUGUGCCCGGGGAAUGGUUUCCAGGGCGACAGCAAACAGAGGGCGGGGCCUCGGAACUGAGGGCUUCUCUCCAGCCUCCGCUGGGCCCUCCCCUGAGUAGAGGCGGUGUGCAGAGGGGAGGCGGGCUCUCGAGCGCCGGGACAGCGCUUGCCGUGAGCGGCGCAUGCAGGGCCCCGGCGCCUCCCUGCUUCUGAGCGUGGGGGAGCUGGGGGCCGCGCCACGGGGUUCUGCUGCCUGGUUCUGCCGGGAGGGCGGCCCGGUGUGCAGCUGGCGGCGGAAGCCGCAGCCUACGGAGUCACGCACCAGAACCUACGCCCCAUGGCUGUGUGCGCACCACACCGAGUUCCAGCCUCCCGAGAAGCUGCCGGGACCUGGGCCUGCCUCCGCCCGUCCCGAGGGGACUCGCGCAGGCCGCAAACGCGGGGCCGGGAGGCCCGCCGCUGCGCGCGGCCUAAGCCGCGCGUUCGAGUUGCCGGCCUACGGCAUCCACGCGCAGAGCACCGCGGAUCUCUGCCGUUUCAGGUCCCCGCACACCUCGGCCCUGGAUGAUGCCCAGUCACAGGAGGAUGAGGCCCGUUGCGGCCUGCCCAUCCUGGUCGGAGGUUCCCUUGUCCUCUGGCGAGGAUUCUCCAAGGCGUCUCACCACAUGGGCCGGCUCAGAAACGCCAGGAUCCACGUGGAGAGAGCUGUCAAGCAGAAGAAGAUCUUUAUGAUCCAAGGCCGCUACCCAGUGAUACGGUGCCUCUUGCGCUGGAGAGGCUGGGUGGAGAAGAAGAUGGUCCAUCACUCAGGCACCACCCUGCCGCCACCCCAGAAGGAUCUGGAUAGCUCAGUAAUGGGUGAUAGUGACACCACUGAGGGUGGUGAGCCAUUCCCUCCCUUUCCACAGGCUGCCCCUCCUGAGUCCCUUUCCUUUGGUUCCCUCUAUCCCAGGGUUGAGACUUUGGUAUGGGCCUAUGGAGCAGGGACAGGGGCCUCACCAGGCCUGGGCUCUGCAUCCACAGAGGAUGAAGACGAGGAUGAGGCGUUUCGGCCACCACAGCUGUUUGACUUUGAUGAUUUACUGGAAUUUGAUGAUCUAGAUGGGACACAUGCUCUGAUGUCCCGCAUGGUUCGGAACGAGAUCCCCUAUUUCAUCUGGACCACUCGGCGGGACGUGUUGGACUGUCAGAUCCUCUCCAAGGAUCAGAUGAUAAACCACUAUGCCCGGGCUGGCUCCUUUACCACAAAGGUGGGUCUGUGUCUCAAUCUCCGGAAUUUGCCGUGGUUUGAUGAGGCUGAUGCUGAUUCCUUCUUUCCACGCUGCUACCGCCUGGGUGCUGAGGAUGACAAAAAGGCCUUCAUAGAGGACUUCUGGCUGACAGCUGCCCGCAACGUUCUCAAGCUGGUGGUGAAGUCCGAAUGGAAGUCGUUCUCUAUCCAGGCAGAAGAGGAAGAGGCCCCAGGAGACAAGCAGCCCAAGAAACAGGAGAAAAAGCCAGCGACAGUGUCCCCAGAGUUUGUGGAUGAGGCUUUGUGUGCCUGUGAGGAGCACCUUAGCAACCUGGCUCACAUGGACAUCGACAAGGGCCUGGAGGCGCCACUGUACCUCAGCCCUGAGGGCUGGUCCCUCUUCCUCCAGCGCUACUACCAAGUGGUCCACGAGGGGGCAGAGCUCAGGCACCUCGACACUCAGAUCCAGCGCUGUGAGGACAUCCUGCAGCAGCUGCGGGCUGUGGUGCCGCAGAUAGACAUGGAAGGAGAUCGCAACGUCUGGAUCGUGAAGCCGGGAGCCAAGUCCCGAGGACGAGGCAUCAUGUGUAUGGACCACUUGGAGGAGAUGCUGAAGCUGGUAGACGGCAACCCCAUGAUGAUGAAGGACGGCAAGUGGGUGGUACAGAAGUAUAUUGAGCGUCCCCUGCUCAUCUUUGGCACCAAGUUUGACCUGAGACAGUGGUUCCUGGUGACUGACUGGAACCCACUUACCGUGUGGUUCUACCGUGACAGCUACAUCCGCUUCUCCACACAGCCCUUCUCCUUGAAGAACCUGGACAACUCAGUGCACCUGUGCAACAACUCCAUCCAGAAGCACCUGGAGAAUUCAUGCCAUCGACACCCGCUGCUGCCCUCAGACAACAUGUGGUCAAGCCAGAAGUUCCAGGCCCACCUGCAGGAGAUGGGGGCCCCAAACGCUUGGUCCACCAUCAUCGUGCCUGGCAUGAAGGCUGCUGUGAUCCAUGCCCUACAGACCUCCCAGGACACUGUGCAGUACCGGAAGGCCAGCUUCGAGCUUUACGGUGCUGACUUUGUGUUUGGUGAGGACUUCCAGCCCUGGCUCAUUGAGAUCAAUGCCAGCCCCACCAUGGCCCCCUCCACGGCUGUCACCGCCCGGCUCUGUGCAGGUGUGCAAGCUGACACCCUGCGCGUGGUUAUUGACCGGCGGCUAGACCGCAACUGCGACACGGGAGCCUUCGAGCUCAUCUACAAGCAGCCUGCCGUGGAGGUACCCCAGUAUGUGGGUGUCCGACUCCUAGUAGAGGGCUCCACCAUCAAGAAGCCCCUGGCAAUGUGUCACCGACGGAUGGGGGUCCGCCUAGCACUCCCUCACCUGCUGACCCAGCGAGCCUCUGGGGAAGGCAAGGAUUUGGGGACUGUUACUCACAGGUCAGCUCCUAGGAAGGUUGCUGGGGCCAGGAGCCUGGGGCACACUGAGAAGCCAGACUCCACUGCCACCACCUCGGCCCCCGGAAAGGGGAAGAAAGGCAAGGCGAAAUGUGCCUCGGCCCUGGUCUACCCCAAUCUCCGGAAGUGGGAACCCCCCAGCACCAGGAUGGGCUGCAUUUUCACCAUGACCUUUGCUAGUGGGGACAGGCAACCCCACCCCUUGAACAGAUUGCCAUUGAGUCUGAAGAACCCCCAAGCCCUGGCCCCUUACCACUUCCCCAGCCUUCACACCAAGGCCGGGCUGCCUUCUCAUGUGCUCCGAUCCCAGGGGCGGGUCCUCAGACUGCAGCGCAGCAAGUUGGUGGGCUCUAAGGCCCUGUCAACCACAGGCAAGGCCUUGAUGACUCUACCUACCGCCAAGGUUUUGAUUUCCUUUCCACCUAACCCUGAGCUCAAGUUGGCAUCCAGCGUCCUGAAACCAAGAAAGCACCUUCAUGGUCCCUGUCCUGGAAGUUCCUUGUGGCCUCUACCCUUCGAAGUUGGAAAUCUUCCUAGCACCCACAGAAAGAUCAAGGCCAAAGGCAAGUUCAAGGCCAGACUCUGUGACAGACCCAAGGCUGAGACAUGCCUCAUGAAGACAGCCUUCCAGGAUCCCUGUCCUUGAUCAGUGCAUACCAGGGUCUAGGGAGCAUGGGGGACGUGAGGCUACAGAAGCCCUUGCUUUGACCCUCACUGCCCCUAUCCUGGAUGCAGUGCCAAAUAAAAAGGAGCAAGUGAAGUA